AUAUAUACAUUUAAAUAUAUAUAUAUUUGGUAUAAAAUAAUUUCAUUACAUAUACAGUCCAAAUCUGUUUGGAAGUGCAGAGCAGAGCAAGAAGCUUCCAGAGCCCACACGACGAAAUCACGAAUAAAGUAACAUUUAACGAGGUUUGUCUCGUUUCGAAAUACAUCUUUUCGCUCUCGCUCUCUCUUUUGACUGUGCUGAAAAUUCACCAAUCCUGCCAAGCAAUGGUGGGACAUAAGAAUUACAGUUCCUUGUUAUUUGCUUUGUUUCUUACUCUCUCUAUCCAAAUUUGCCGCAGCUAUAAUAGCGGAAGUUACAACAGCAGGCAGCUUCUAUCAUUGCAUAAUCAUGAAGAAGCUAAAGAACUCAACAAAGACAGACUACUUACCAUGGAAAAAGCGCUCAAGUCUGGCAUCAUUGGAAGGAGUCUAACUACCAAACGCGGUUUCGGAGAUAAACGAGAUGGGAAUAUUCGACCCAUUUUAUUAGAAACUAGAGGAUUCGGUGACAAACGUUUAGCUGAAAUAAGCUACGAGAGAGAAGGAUCACCUGAAAUACAAGGAAUUGAACUCUUCGCUCGCGGAUUUGGAGAUAAAAGAGGGCUUGAUGAUAAUCAAUUACUGGAAAAAUCAAUUUUUUCUAACCCUGACUACCUUGAACUUUUAGACAGAAGUAUCGAUGACAAAAGGGGAUUUGGUGAUAAAAGAGGAUUUGGUGAUAAAAGAGGAUUUGGUGACAAACGAUUCAUGGUUGUUGGGAGAGGCUUUGGUGACAAACGUGGAUUUGGAGAUAAACGUGGAUUUGGUGACAAGAGAGGCUUUGGUGAUAAACGUGGCUUUGGUGAUAAACGGGGUUUUGGAGACAAGCGUGGAUUUGGUGACAAAUAAAUUAGAUUGCUUUUCUGGACAGACAUUAAAAUUUUAACUUUUAGAUGUUUACUUUGAGGCAUAAAUGUAUGACUAUAUAUAAUUAUGUUUCUUACGAAAAACUAAAAAUAAAAAUAUAUGUCCAUGAAAAUAUAAACUGAACAAUAAAACAAAAGAAAAAUAAAUUUGAUACAACUGGAUUUCAGUUCUCUUUUUUUAAAUAAGAAAAAGCAAUCCGCUGACUAUCUGCUAAGCAUUGGCUAGCAGUAGAAAAGACCUAAAUAGAAUGGUUGCUUGCUUUAAAAAGGAGAUACGAAAAUAUCAACAUAAAAUGUAAGAUAUGUCACGAUCUCAGAAAUCUAAAGAAAAAAAAAGAUGCUUUUUUGUUUUUUAUUGAUUAAAAAAAAUUAUAAAAACACAGGCUGGAAUAAUGUUUCUAUGAAACCAGUUUCAUUGUUAAUAAACAGAUAACUUUUGCAAAAAAAAAAAACUGUGUUGUUGGUUAAUUUAUGUUAAUUUUCUUUUUAUCUGGACAAGGAAGUUAAUGAGAUAAUUAAUGACGAUGUUUUAAUAGCAAUUUAUCUUCUGUAAUAAUAGGAUCUUGCUAGGGCAUCAGUGCUUCAAAGAUGUAUGCAUCAGAAGUCCAUAUUACAAAGUAGGUAUUAACAUGUUUAUUGUGAUCAUAAAAGUGUUAUCUCCUUAAUUAUAUCGAAAAUAUCCAGAAAAAUAAAAAUAAAAUUCAACUGUUGUGCUAUUGCAUGUUCCUGGCAAA